UGUUUCGUGUACAUUUUAUUUUUUGUUACGAAAGAUUUGUCGUACGACUUAAUUUUUUAUGUUGGAAAACCGCGCCAUACUCGAUGUAUGCACAACUCUGAUUCUCUGUAUCGAGGCUUGUAAUCCACAGUCUUUUUACCGUCGUCUGAGACGGUUAUCUGUCUCCCAAAUAAACUGAUUUCACCGACACUUGUGAGUCCGACUUUUAUUGGGGCAGAACAGUAAAAAGACUAGGAUGUCUACCUCAGCAGAGCAGAUCACUCCCGACUCAACAGAGGGCACCCAGGUCACUCCUGACCCUACAGAGGAUGCCCGGGAAUCACAGACGACUGAUGGCAAGAGGCAGUACGUCACACAAGAUGAAGAGGAGUAUCAGGAAGAGUACUAUCAGGAUGAGGACUCCUUUGCCGACAUCUUAGCGAAGAAGAGGGCUGAUGUAAGCCGAGCAAAGGCUAGGAUGGCAUACACCGCCAGAGAAUUGGAGCUCAGGAAACAACGAGUGGAACUCGAUGCUGCAAUGGAAAUGCUACAUCUCGAGAGAGAGGCUGCAGAAGCUGAAGCUGAUUGUCAAGCCUUUGAAUCGACCAUGAUACAGAUGUCACCUAUGAAGAGACGAACGAGUUCCUUAGGCGAAGUCAGCAACUUUAAACCAGGACAGGAUCAAUCCACUCCACGUCAACCUUCUGCAUCGCCAGGACUACUGACCGGUACUUCCGAUCCGACUCAACUUGACCCGGAUGCACAACCCUAUGUACCUGCAGCACAGCCUUUGGUUCCUGACACACAGCCGUCCGUGCCUGUCGCACAACCGUACGUGCCUACUGCACAGCCUUAUGUGCGUGCCGCACAGCCGUACGUGCCUACUGCACAGCCUUAUGUGCCUGCCCCACAGCCCAACGUGCCUGCCGCACAGCCUUAUGUGCCUGCCGCACAACCUCACGUG